UGGAUUGAGGACAACUGACAGCCACCGAAACAAAGAAUCACACCGCGAUCACAUGAACUCGCACAGGAUGAUAUCAUGUGAUAGGUCUGAGACAGGUGUGAUCAGUACUAAACGUUGUCAAACGCAGAUCAGACAGCUGCUUCAACAUGGCCAAAUGGAGCUUGGCUGUUUUAUUCCUGUUGAUGGGAGCUUGUUAUUGUCAAUACAAACCUACAUGGGAGUCGAUUGACUCGAGACCUCUGCCUGAAUGGUUUGAUCAAGCGAAGUUUGGGAUCUUUAUACACUGGGGUGUGUUUUCAGUCCCCAGUUACGGCAGCGAGUGGUUCUGGUGGUAUUGGCAAGGCCAGAAAAUCCCAUCCUAUUUGUUCUUUAUGGCCAAAAACUACCCCCCUGGAUUCACAUAUCAAGACUUUGCACCACAGUUCACUGCUGAGUUCUUCAGUGCCAAGGACUGGGUAGACAUCUUUGCAUCCUCGGGAGCAAAGUAUAUUGUUCUCACAACUAAACAUCAUGAAGGUUACACCAUGUGGGGUUCAAAGUACUCAUGGAACUGGAAUGCGGUGGACGUCGGGCCAAAGCGGGACCUGGUGGGCGAAAUAUCCAGUGCCUUACGGAAGAACAGCGACCUGCGCCUAGGACUCUACCACUCUCUCUUUGAGUGGUUUCACCCUCUUUUCAGAGCAGAUGCUAACAACAAUUUUACUACCUCUUCAUUUCCUCAAGAGAAAACCCUGCCUGAGCUUUAUGAGAUCAUAAACAAGUACAAACCAGAACUGCUAUGGUCUGAUGGAGACGGAAAUGCCCCAGAUGAGUACUGGAAUAGCACGGGGUUCCUUGCAUGGCUGUACAAUGAGAGCCCUGUGAGAGACACUAUUGUGACUAAUGAUCGAUGGGGAAGGGGUAGUAUUUGUACACACGGUGGAUAUUACACAUGUGCUGACCGCUACAACCCAGGACAUCUGCUGAAGCACAAAUGGGAGAACUGCAUGACCAUUGACCAGCGUUCAUGGGGCUAUAGACGAGAUGCUAAAUUCAGUGAUUACCUCACCAUCGAGCAGCUGAUUACGACCUUUGUGGAGACUGUGUCGUGUGGGGGGAAUUUGUUAUUGAAUGUGGGUCCAACACAUGAUGGCCGCAUUAUUCCUAUAUUUGAGGAGAGAUUAAGGCAGAUGGGCCAGUGGCUGAAAGUUAAUGGUGAUGGAAUCUUCAAUACGACCGCUUGGAGAGUGCAGAAUGACAGCGUUACACCUGGAGUUUGGUACACAUGGAAGCCACAGGAGAAGGCAGUCUAUGCAUUUUUGCUUUCAUGGCCAACUAAAGGAUACGUUAUUCUCAGUGACCCUAUGGUGUCAGAAGUGAAAACGCAGGCGGUGUUACUAGGCUACAAGCCGCUGAAGUGGAUCCCAGUGAAGCCCAGUGGUCUACAGGUCUACCUUCCUACUCUGUCUCCUACUGAGAUGCCCUGCUCCUGGGCCUGGACUAUUCGUCUGACUGGUGUAUCAUAGGAAGAUUAGUCAACCUCAACAAUAUUCCUGAAUUGAUUAAGCAUAAUACUCAAUACUAUGGGUAUAGCAAAGAGGUUGUGCUAUUCUAACAUUUGUGAUUUUGACUUUUUAUCCUGUUGUCACAAUGUUUUUUAUGAAUUUGGUUUUUUUCUACACUGUACUGUGAAUUUCUGAGAAUAAUCAUUUUCAUUUCAUAGUAAUGUUUGUGUAACUAAUCAAAAUUCUUGGUAUGUAUAAAGCCUGUAUUUCUUUUUUUUGGGAUAUGGUGAAGCAAGAAUGUAUUUUAAAUUACUAAGGUGUAGGAAAUAAGUUAGACAAAAAAACAUUUUAGAUUUUAUAAUGCAAAAUGAAUGAAUUUAUUUUAAACAAUGAAUGACAAAUAAA